CUGUAACUGCCGGCCAUUUUGUUUCCGUGUAUUUAUACUGUAAAUACGUAUUGAAUUCUGGCGUAUAAUCUUGUAACGAUCCAGUGAGUCUUAUAAAUUAUUACUGUCUUUCCAUGCUUGGCUUUAGUUUUCCUCGAUUUGGCGCUGGAAAGAAAAUCGAUACAUUCGUCUAUUUCCUUCCCAAAAAUCAUGUUUGAUCAGAGAAAGAGAGAAAUACAUGAUGGAGUAAGACAGAAAGAGGGACCAGAGAGUCAAUAAAAGCCGCGCUGGCAACACCAGAUAACCGCUCAGCUUUUUGAAUGUGUCAAAUGAUGUCUGAUGAAAUAUAAUUCGAACAAUGAGUGUUACAAAGUCUAAAAAUAUUUUUAAAUUGAAGAACGCGAGAAAAAGUGAUAAUACGCCGGUGAAAUGGAACCCGAACAAAGUUCUUUUACAAGUUUUCAUUCUUGUCACAUGUCUCAAAAUACUUUUAAUUCCAUUAUAUCGUUCCACAGAUUUUGAAGUACAUCGUAACUGGCUGGCUAUAACGCACAGUUUACCAAUUCAAGAAUGGUAUACUAAUACUAGGUCACAAUGGACGUUAGAUUAUCCACCACUCUUUGCGUGGUUUGAAUACUUUCUUAGUCAUAUAGCGAAACUAAUUGAUCCUGAGAUGCUUAAACUGGAAAACCUCAAUUAUGCAUCUUCUGGUACUAUCUGCUUCCAAAGAGGUUCUGUUAUAUUCUUGGACCUGUUAUUUGCUUAUGGAGUGAGAGAAAUUGGGAAAGUAUUUUGCUCAUCCUUCGAUAGUUACGUUAUUUUUGUAAUUUUAUCAUUGUGCAACAUGGGAUUGCUAAUAGUGGAUCAUAUACAUUUCCAAUAUAAUGGAUUCCUACUUGGUAUUUUACUACUAGCUAUUGCGAAUGUAUCAAAAAUAAAUAACCAGAUCUCGAAUUUACAAGGAACAUUAUGGUUCGCUUUAUUAUUAAAUUUAAAACACAUUUAUUUAUACGUUGCUCCAGCCUUUAUAAUUUGGCUGUUGAAAUCAUAUUGCAUAAAUAGUAAUCACUUAUUUAAGCGUUUAUGUGCACUCGCGAGCAUAGUUUUAACUACUUUAAUGAUUUCAUUUGGACCAUUCGCAUCUCAAUUACCUCAGGUAUUAUCAAGAUUGUUCCCAUUUAAGAGAGGUCUGGUACACGCAUAUUGGGCCGCAAACGCAUGGGCUUUGUAUAUAGGCUUAGAUAAAGUAGCAGCACUUAUUUUAAGAAAAUUAGGUUGGAUAAAAACUAUGAAGACAGCAGUAAUGACUGGUGGUUUGGUACAGGAGCAAUCAUUAAUUGUAUUACCAACACCAACUCCAUUUGUAACAAUGUUACUAACAUUUAUUUCAAUAUUGCCGUCUUUGUACUACCUGUUUUUUAAAAGAGACUGUGACAAAAAUCCAAAACAAUUCGUACGUUGUCUAGUGCUUUGCGCCUUAUCGUCAUUCAUGUUUGGCUGGCAUGUACAUGAAAAAGCUAUUUUAACUGCCAUCAUUCCACUAUGUGUUCUGGCUGUAACGGACAAAACCGAUGCUAGAAUAUUUUUAAUUUUGAGCAGUGCUGGACACACUUCUCUUCUGCCACUACUUCAUCCAAACAAUUUAACUCCAUUAAAAUUAUUAGUACUUUUAACGUAUACGGUUGCGUCAUUUUUAGCUAUGUCGCGAAAGUUCAAGCAACGUUUGCUUUAUUAUCAUGAAACGAUGUACGUUGUUUUACUGCCAUUCUUAACAGUAUACGAAAGCAUAUUGCAUAAAAUAAUAUUUGGCAAUAAAUUACCGUUCUUGCCCCAAGCAAUCACUUCAAUAUAUUGUGCGGUAGGAGUGAGUUAUUGUUGGGUACUUUAUUAUUAUAUAUUCUUGCGGUAUAACGAAAAUAUUAAUGACCAAAGAAAGAAAAAGGAAUAACAACGUUCAUAUUCUAUAUUUAAAAU